UUAACUGCCCGCUCAACCAUUUGGUUGAGCACAUUUUGGGUCUCUAUAUCUCAAUAUGAGGAGUGUCUAACUUAGCUUAACCUGAUUGAGCCAUCUCUGCCACUUGCUUGAAAGACGAUAUGCUAAAGAAAUCCACUAGAGGGCACUGUUUCUUUAAAUAGUAAUAGUUCUUCUUCUCCUCUCCAACCACGAAGUCAGAACCCUGAAACUCUGUCACAUAUAUCGACUGGUUGUGGUAAAACGUUGAAAGAUGGAUGCUAAAUCCUUCUAUGGCGCGAGGCCACGCACUCGUCUUGCCCUUGUGCCAGAUGAUCCCCGAGAAUCUGAUGGUGAUCUGAGCGAUGACCAAGUUGAAGAUCCAGAUUAUGAGCCCACACAARGAGAUGAUGCUGGAGACUCCUCAUUCGAAUCCCUGGAUGAAGAGGAGGCUCCCUCAAAAAGCAGGUCUUUCACAAAGCCACCUCAUAAAAAAAGAAGAAAAGGAAAGGAAAGCACCCUAAAAACUAUUCGAUUGGAGCAGCCAAAUGACAACCCCAAUCCAAAUUACACCUCAGGCCCCCCAAAAAACGCAAGAAGAAUCUGGAAGCAUGAAGAUAUUGAUGAGUUCCAAAUUCUCAAUUCAAAAUUUGAACCCCCUAAAGAUGUGCCCUCACCCUCCCAGUAUUUUAAGAUGCUCUUCACAGAUGAGAUGAUUGAACAUAUAGCAUAUCACACUAAUUUGUAUUCUGCUCAAGAGCUGGGUGAUCCAAUCAAAACUAGUCCUUCAGAAAUAGAGCAUUUCUUAGCUGUCCUACUUUUCAUGGGUGUUUUCAAUUUCCCGUCACUGGAGGACUACUGGCUCCAGAAAUCACGCUUCGAUCUGAUUGCUGACAUCAUGCCAAGGAGGAGAUUCCAGCUGUUACGGCGAUACAUUCAUUUCAAUGAUAAUCAGCAGUGCAGUGAGAGUCAGGACAGAUUUUACAAAAUCCGUCCCCUUUUUGAAAUGCUUCGUGAGCAGUGUCUCUUGAUACCAUCCACUCACAAGCACAGUGUUGAUGAGGUCAUGGUGGCAUAUAAAGGCACAAGAGCUGGUAACCUGCGCCAGUACAUCGCCAACAAGCCAGACAAGUGGGGCUUCAAAUUAUUCUGUCGAGCAAGUUCAUCCGGCAUCAUCCACGACCUCCUGCUGUAACAAGGGGCAUCCACGUUCUUCAAUGUUGCUCUCAGUAAAGAGGAGCAGGCCCUGCCUCUGGGAGCAAAAGUGGUGACAACGCUCUGCAAAACCAUAAAAGAGCCCCAGAUGUCUGUUGUCUUUUGUG